GUUUACGGCGCCGGCCCUUGCGCGCGCAUGUUCCCUCCUUGCCUGGGUCCUGGAAGCGCGACUGGAAUUGGCGUCCCCUGGCCAGGCCAUCUGUUGCCAUCUGGGCCGGCGGAGGCCUCUGCAGGUUGUAGAAGAUGGCAAAGUUCAUGACUCCUGUGAUCCAGGACAACCCCUCGGGCUGGGGUCCCUGUGCUGUACCCGAACAGUUUCGGGAUAUGCCCUACCAGCCUUUCAGCAAAGGAGACCGGCUCGGAAAGGUUGCAGACUGGACAGGUGCCACGUACCAAGAUAAGAGAUACACAAACAAGUACUCCUCUCAGUUUGGAGGUGGAAGCCAGUAUGCUUAUUUCCACGAGGAGGAUGAAACUAGCUUCCAGUUGGUGGAUACGGCACGCACACAGAAGACUGCCUACCAGCGGAACCGGAUGAGAUUUGCACAGCGGAACCUCCGCAGAGACAAAGACCGAAGGAACAUGGUGCAGUUCAACCUACAGACGCUGCCUAAGAGUGCCAAGCAGAAAGAGAGAGAGCGCAUUCGCCUGCAGAAAAAAUUCCAAAAGCAAUUUGGAGUGAGGCAGAAAUGGGACCAAAAAUCACAGAAACCCCGAGACUCUUCGGUUGAAGUUCGUAGUGACUGGGAGGUAAAGGAGGAGAUGGACUUUCCCCAGCUGAUGAAGAUGCGCUACUUGGAGGUGUCGGAGCCCCAGGACAUUGAGUGCUGUGGGGCGCUGGAGUACUAUGACAAGGCCUUCGACCGCAUCACCACACGCAGCGAGAAGCCUCUGCGGAGUAUCAAGCGCAUCUUCCACACUGUCACCACCACUGAUGACCCCGUCAUCCGGAAGCUGGCAAAAACACAGGGCAAUGUGUUUGCCACUGAUGCCAUCCUGGCCACACUGAUGAGCUGCACCCGCUCUGUGUACUCGUGGGACAUUGUCGUGCAGAGAGUCGGGUCCAAGCUCUUCUUUGACAAGAGGGACAACUCCGACUUUGAUCUUCUGACCGUGAGCGAGACCGCCAACGAGCCCCCUCAGGAUGAAGGCAGCUCCUUCAACUCGCCCCGCAACCUGGCCAUGGAGGCCACCUACAUCAACCACAACUUCUCCCAGCAGUGCUUGAGGAUGGGGAAGGAAAGAUACAAUUUCCCCAACCCAAACCCGUUUGUGGAAGAUGACAUGGAUAAGAAUGAAAUCGCCUCUGUCGCUUACCGGUACCGCAGGUGGAAACUUGGAGACGACAUUGACCUUAUUGUCCGCUGUGAGCAUGAUGGUGUCAUGACGGGAGCCAAUGGGGAAGUGUCCUUCAUCAACAUCAAGACGCUGAACGAGUGGGAUUCCAGGCAUUGUAAUGGCGUGGACUGGCGCCAGAAGCUGGACUCUCAGCGUGGGGCCGUCAUUGCCACCGAGCUGAAGAACAACAGCUACAAGCUGGCCCGGUGGACCUGCUGUGCUUUGCUGGCUGGGUCUGAGUACCUCAAGCUCGGUUAUGUGUCUCGGUACCACGUGAAGGAUUCUUCACGCCACGUUAUCCUGGGCACGCAGCAGUUCAAGCCCAAUGAGUUCGCCAGCCAGAUCAACCUAAGUGUGGAAAACGCUUGGGGCAUCCUGCGCUGCGUGAUCGACAUCUGCAUGAAACUGGAGGAGGGCAAGUACCUCAUCCUCAAGGACCCCAACAAGCAGGUCAUCCGCGUCUACAGCCUGCCCGACGGCACCUUUAGCUCUGAAGAAGAUGAGGAAGAUGAAGAGGAGGAGGAAGAAGAGGAAGAAGAGGAAGAAAGUUGAUGGAACCCACCAAGCAGGCAAGGCAGGGCGGCCUAAGUGAUUCCACCAAAGCUGGGUCUCUGGUGCUUAGUGCACCUUCUGUGCUCCUGCCUGGCGUGUUCCAGCCGAAAUAAAGUUGAAAGUCCUUUGGUCUGUU